CAGCCUGUAGUAGCUCAGGUAUCCAGCUCGGUCAUUUGGUCCACAUCACAUGGUCCCGCAGAACGUCCAAGUUGGCAAGACUUGAGGUCACCUGACAUCGGCCUUGAUAAGAGCCCAGGAACAGACUGACCUGUCAUUUCAACACUCCACAUCUCUGAACAAAGCUUCAUGGAUCAGAACUGGUCAAAAAGAGUGUUAGAUACGGACGGAUCCCAUGAGAAAGGACGGAGGAAUGGGUCUGGCCCGGUAGCAGUGCAGAUGUGCCAGUCCAUCCUGCCCUGCCAUGCCAACCACCAGGGAGAACUGGGUGCAGGACAGCUGCUGAAGUGGAUAGACACCAUCGCCUGUCUGGCAGCUGAAAGACAUGCAGGAAUUGCGUGUGUAACGGCUUCCAUGGAUGAUAUCCAGUUUGAAGAGACUGUAAGGGUUGGGCAGGUUAUCAAUAUAAAAGCCAGAGUUAACAGGGCUUUCAACACGAGUAUGGAGGUGGGCAUCUAUGUAACAGUACAGGAGGUGCUCAGCGGGGUCACGAAGAGGGUUUGUGUGGCCUUCUCCACAUUCGUCGCCAAACCGACGGGAACACAAAAGGUGUCUUUGAGACCCUUGGAUGUUCAGGGCUCCGUAGAGGAAAUGCUGGAACACUCACUAGCUUCAGAGAGACGACGGCUCCGUCUCUACAAUGAAGAGGCCUUCAAGAACCUCAUGAAGGACUAUUACAACCUCCAAGACAAGGGACUGUGCAGCAGGAAACCCAAGGCACCCGUGGUGUCGACCGAGCUCACGCGGGUUGAGAGCAUCGAGCUGGUCCUGCCGCCACACGCCAAUCACCAUGGAAACACGUUUGGAGGACAGAUCAUGGCCUGGAUGGAGAACGUGGCUACAGUUGCAGCCAGUCGUUUGUGUGGCUACUAUCCUUCUCUCGGAGCUGUGGACAUGUUCCACUUCCGAGGUCCGUCCAGUGUCGGCGACAGACUGGUGUUCAAAGCCAUGGUCAAUAAUGCCUUCCAGACCAGUGUGGAGGUGGGUGUUCGGGUGGAGGCGUAUAACUGUGAGGAGUGGAAUGAGGGGACACCAAGACACAUCAACAGCGCCUCCAUGAUUUAUUACAUUCCAGGACGUGAUGGUGAGCGACAGACUUUUCCUGAUGUCACCUACACAACUCUUGAUGGAGAAAGACGAUUUCUCGGUGCUAUUGUCAGGAAGAGAAUUCGCAUGGCCAGAAAACACAUUCUGUACUCAAGAGAUGAGGGACCAAUAUCCGUGCCUUGGGACAGAAGUAAUCAGGUGUAUUUGGGGUAUAACAACGUGGCAGCUCUCACAGUCUUAGCUGGAAAACGGGGCUGGGAGGCCAGUAACAUCAACGAUAAGGUAGGAGUUUACGUGCACGAGGAAGCAGAUAUGCUGUGUUUAAAAGUUGAGAUGGAGGUCAAAACGACGGCUUUUCAUGCUUUCUCGCUGCUCUCCGACCUGCGGUUACGGCCACAGUGGGACAAAAACUAUCUGAGCUGUGAAGAGGUGGAGAAAGCAGAUGAGGAGGAAACCAUAUAUCACAUUAAAUGCGCCACAGUUAACGGAGGCAAAAGUCGGGAUUUCGUGUUCCUGUUGUCUAAAAGGCAACCCUGCAAAAAUGGAGACCCUUAUGUCAUAGCGCUCCGCUCCGUCACCGUGGCAACAGUUCCACCUGAGGAGAACUCCAUUCGGAGCGAAGCUAUAUGCGCAGGAUUCCUCGUUCACGAAAUGGGCUAUUCAACCUGCAAGGUGUCCUACUACAACCAGGUGACCUCUGGAGUGCUGCCCUAUGUGGAGGGAAACUUAGCGGGCUGGUCCAAAUCUAUGGAAGAGACGGCAAUGUCCUGCAUUUCUUUUCUGGAGAGAGAUGUGCUUACCACAGUGUUCUGAUGCGCAACAUUGUGGUUCUAGGAUUUAUUCUUUUUUCAUUUAAGGCUAUGAUAACGACUAAAGGAUUAGUUCACCCCAAAAUUAAAGUUUUUUAAUUAAUUACUCACACUCAAGUUGUUCUAAACCCUUCAGAUAUUUGUUCAUCUUAGGAACACAAAUUAUUAUUAUUUUUUUUUUUGAUGAAAUCUGAGAGCUUUCUGUCUCUCCAUUGACAGCUACGCAACUACCUAUAUUUUAAGCCCCAGAAAGGCAGUAAAGGCAUCACAGAAGUAAUCCAUGCAACUCCAGUGGUUUAACCUCAAUUUUAUGAAGUGAGGCGAGCACUUUAAAAAAUAUUAAUCUCAAACGGGCAUUCACGCAAUAUCUGCUCUCACGUCAACACAACACAUGCGUCAUGGUGCUCUUGUGAAUACGUUAGAGAUUAAUAUUUUUUAAAUAAAGCAGUAAACUAUACAUUAUUUUUAUUGCACAAGCAAUGCACUCGCCUCGCUUCAUAAAAUUGAGGUUAAACCACUGGAGUCACAUGGAUUACUUUAAUGA